AUGAAUUCCUUUAUUGUAGUCAUCUGUCUAUCUAUCUAUCUAUCUAUCUAUCUAUGUUUGUUCAUAUUUAUUUAUUUAUUUCAGUAUUUUUAUCAUCUAUUCCAGUCUGUUCAUAUCUAUCUAUCUAUCUAUCUAUCUAUCUAUCUAUCUAUCUAUGUCUGUCCAUAUCUAUCUAUUUAUUUAUGUAAUUAUUUUCAUCAUAAAUUUCAAUCUGUUUAUAUCUAUCUAUCUAUCUAUCUAUCUAUCUAUCUAUCUAUCUAUCUAUGUUUGUUCAUAUCUAUCUAUCUAUCUAUCUAUCUAUCUAUCUAUCUAUCUAUCUAUCUAUCUCAGUCUGUUCAUAUCUAUCUAUCUAUCUAUCUAUCUAUCUAUCUAUCUAUGUCUGUCCAUAUCUAUCUAUUUAUUUAUCUAGCUAGCUAUCUCUGCUCAUAUCUAUCUAUCUAUCUAUCUAUCUAUGCUCAUAUCUAUCUAUUUAUGCUCAUAUCUAUCUAUCUCAGCCUCUUCAUACCAGUGUAUCUGUUCAGUCUGUUCAUAUCUAUCUAUCUAUCUAUCUAUCUAUCUAUCUAUGCUUAUAUCUAUCUAUCACACCCUGUUCAUACAAGUCUAUCUGUUCAGUCUGUUCAUAUCUAUCUAUCUAUCUAUCUAUCUAUCAAGUAUAUAUCUCUGCUCAUAUCUAUCUAUCUAUCUAUCUAUCUAUCUAUCUAUUCUAUCUAUCUCGAUAGAUAG